AUGCGUUUCACGACAAUCUUGAUCUGCGCUUUGGUGUGCAUUUUCGUUACAUCAGUCAAAACUGAUUAUGUUGCGUCUUCUUCGGACAAUGCUACUGAUGUUCCUACUGCCGAACCUGUCGUUACUCAAGAAUCAGCACCUGCACCUGAGCCUGCUCCUGCUGCGGAACCUGUGACUGUUCAAGAACCAACACCUGCACCUGCACCUGAGCCUGCUCCUGCUGCGGAACCUGUGACUGUUCAAGAACCAACACCUGCACCUGCACCUGAGCCUGCUCCUGCUGCGGAACCUGUGACUGUUCAAGAACCAGCACCUGCAUUGGCUCCGGUUUCGGAUUCAAAUGCAGGCACUGUAUCAAGUGAUGGUGAUGCUCAACAGCAAUCAGUGUCAAACAAUCAAUAA